ACUUUCGGAGCUGCUGGUUGGCUCCUUCAACGCUGGGAACCUUGGAACCCAAGAGACCUAAGGAACUUAACUUGACCAAGUUGAGGCCUUUUCCUCCCGCCCCCCGCCCCCCGGGGCGGUCACCGGCCAGCCGGCUGCUUGAGCUCACUUCCUCCCAUCGCAUCGCGUCUGGCGGGUGGGGCGCAGCCGGGAAGUGUCGCCUCUGCGGGUUCCUCUGCUGCCCCCGGGCAGGCCUGGCACCUGAGGCCGAGGGAGCGCCCUGACUAACCCACGCUCCGCGAGCCUCGGCGAGAACCUGGAAUUGGUGCCAGCAGCGCCCCUGGAGCCGUGACAGCGCAGGAGAUCCUCCCGCAGGGGAAGGGGAGGCAGGAGGAAAAACAAAGGAGAGCGAGGAGAGAGGGAGAGCGAGUGAGCGAGCAAGCGAGUGAGCCAGCCAGCCUUGCGCCGCCCUCCCUGCGCCUGCCCACGAUGUGUCAGUCAGAGGCACGGCGAGGACCAGAGCUCCAAGCAGCAGCGAAAUGGUUGCACUUUCCUCAGCUGGCCCUGCGGCGGAGGCUGGGCCAGCUGAGCUGCAUGUCCAGACCUGCCCUGAAACUCCGCUCCUGGCCCCUGACCAUCCUCUACUACCUCCUGCCCUUCGGCGCCCUCCGGCCACUCAGCCGGGUGGGAUGGAGGCCUGUGAGCAGGGUAGCCCUGUAUAAGUCAGUGCCAACACGACUGCUGUCGCGGGCGUGGGGCCGCCUCAACCAGGUGGAGCUGCCGCACUGGCUGCGCAGGCCUGUCUACAGCCUGUACAUCUGGACCUUCGGGGUGAACAUGAAGGAGGCGGCUGUGGAGGACCUGCACCACUACCGCAACCUCAGCGAGUUCUUCCGGCGCAAGCUGAAGCCGCAGGCCCGGCCUGUCUGCGGCCUGCACAGCGUGAUUAGCCCAUCCGAUGGGAAGAUCCUUAACUUUGGACAGGUGAAGAACUGUGAGGUGGAGCAGGUCAAGGGGGUCACCUACUCCCUGGAGUCGUUCCUGGGCCCUCGCACCCACAUGGAGGACCUGCCUUUCCACCCAGCCGCUCACUCGUGUGAGUCCUUCCGGAACCAGCUGGUCACUCGUGAAGGGAAUGAGCUGUACCACUGUGUCAUCUACUUGGCUCCUGGGGACUACCACUGCUUCCACUCACCCACCGACUGGACGGUCUCCCACCGCCGCCACUUCCCAGGCUCCCUAAUGUCUGUGAACCCGGGCAUGGCACGCUGGAUUAAAGAGCUUUUCUGCCACAACGAGCGCGUGGUCCUGACGGGGGACUGGAAACACGGUUUCUUCUCCCUCACCGCCGUGGGCGCCACCAACGUGGGCUCCAUUCGGAUCUACUUUGACCGGGACCUGCACACCAAUAGCCCGAGGUACAGCAAGGGCUCCUACAAUGACUUCAGCUUCGUGACACAUGCCAACAAGGAGGGCGUGCCCAUGCGGAAGGGUGAGCACCUUGGCGAGUUCAACCUGGGGUCUACCAUCGUGCUCAUCUUUGAGGCGCCCAAGGACUUCAACUUCAGGCUAAAGGCGGGCCAGAAGAUCCGUUUUGGGGAGGCGCUGGGCUCCCUCUAGGGUUCUUCCUGGCUGCAGCUGCUGAAGAGUCUUUCCGCGUAGAAGCUGGCGGUCUUUUAGAGGCGUCCCAGGCUCUGUGGGUGAGGGGGCAUGGCAGGGCCAUCCUGGUAGGACCUGAAUGAUCUGCUCCUGCCUGUGGAGGUUCUAGAUUCCCCAGGCAGACAGAACCCCUGAUGGGCCUGGGCCUCGCAGAGGCGGUACAUGUGGGGCUGGCCUCACAAAUCACUUUCUAACAUUGUAUAAAAUGGAGACUCCAUGUCUGAGUUGAGCUGGUGUUAGGGUAUUAUUUGAUGGUGACAAGUGCUGACACAGCGUGGCUUUUCUGGUGCCCCUUCUUGCUUUGGCCUUAUCCCGCGGCCUCCCUGCAUCGUAGCAGCGUGAGGCAUCUCCUUGGCAUGGACUGCGGGCCC